UAUUUUACUGGGACAUUGUUAACAGUGUGGUUGUCUGGUUGCGUGGAAACUAACAGGCUGCCACUGAGCUGGAUCUCUGAGCUGUAGAGGAGCAUUUCCAGUGGCGCGUCGUGGCCAGAGCAGCUCUCCUCCUCUCCUCUUCUCUUUCUCUCUCUAGCACAAGUUUAACGAGCUGAUGGAAGAGAAGCUUCCGGAGAGAGCUCCGAUCUACUCGGACCAUUUCAUCGCUGUUCACUCGCUGUGAAACACAUCAUGAAGAGGAGAGGCAAAGCUGCAAAGACGAAGCUCAACAGCUACUGGGGAGGUUGAUGUGGACUUCACCUCCUGCGCCCAGGUGGUCCUUCCUGGAGCAUGCCCGUAUCCCAUGAUGUCCCUGCUUGCAGGCUGGUUACUGCGCCACUCGGUGGUCAUGUGUCUGCUGUUGCACAGCCUGGUGCUAAUGACCUUCUGCUUCCAUCAUGCUGCCACCAGUUGCUCCAAGAGCUGCUACUGCUCUGAGAGCGACAGCACCGGCAAGACGGUGCGCUGCAGCAACCUGCAGCUCACGGAGAUCCCCCAGGACAUCCCCAAUGACACACGACGCGUCUACCUGGACUUCAACCUCUUCACUACGGUCCCCGCGAAUGCUUUCGCAGGUUUGCCCCACCUGGUUGAACUGGAUCUAUCGCACAAUGAAUUAAGCCAGUUAGAGCCAGGGGCGUUCAGAGGCCUCGGCUCCUCGCUGCAGUUCCUAGACAUUUCUUCUAACAAGUUGGUAAACUUUAACCCCGAUGCCUUUGAGGGCCUGCGGUCUCGCGCCAACCUAACAAACAAUCCGUGGCAUUGUGACUGCAACUUGCAGAUGGCGAUGCCCCGCGUGGACCUUGAGCCUGCGUCGCUGACGGGCAUAGUGUGCCACACUUCAGAUCCGGAGGAAAUAGGAGUUCAAGGACUUGCCUUCCUGUUGGCGCCAGACAUAGACCUGUGUGUGGUGAUGAAGAGGACUACAGAUGUGGCCAUGCUGGUCGUCAUGUUCGGCUGGUUCACCAUGGUCAUCUCCUACCUGGUCUACUACGUCAGGGCUAAUACGGAGGACGCCCGCAGACACCUGGAGUAUCUCAAGUCCUUGCCCGGCAAACAGGGCAAGUCAGAGGAGUCUUCCACCAUUAGUACUGUGGUAUAGGGCUGACGGAGCUACACAUGGGACCUGAAGCGGUAAACCACACCAAACAGGACGAAGCUAAAACCUACAACCACACGGUCAUCAUCAGUCUCAGAUGGUUUUUACUCAGCUGUUGUCACGGAGCCAAGGUGGGCAAUAAGACAUCUGCACAAGAAAACCAGGCCGAUGCAACCUAUGAAUAAUUCAUCUUUCAGCGACCCAUUAAGAGUUUUUGUUGGCUCAGUCGAUGCUCUAGUCGGUGCGCUGAGGGAGUAAAAGCAGCCGCAUGUUUUUGGCAAACUCCAAAUAUGGGAUACAAAUGGGAUUUAUCCAGUGGUGCAUGCACCUAGAUGCACCUCGCUCACACACAGACAAUUACGGAGACGACGUCAAGCAGCAAUAUGAACGAUGGGAACACUAGAAUGAGGAACUCCAUGUACAACUGUUUUCCAUUAAAACCCUUAUGGUAUUGACCAGUAUAUUCUCAGUAAAAUUAUGUUUUCCAAUUAAAUUGAUGUUUUUUGGGGGUUUCUCUUACCGAACACACAAAAAAAAGAAAAAGUACUUAGUAUUUCGAGUCUGAAUCACCCUUAAUGCAUAUUCAGCUCACUAUCUUGAUGAAUCAGAUGUGAUGAAGGAGUUAUUCCGUGAUGUUUUUGAUAGUAGCCACUGUACCAGAGCUCCAUACUGAUGAGGACCGCAGACCUCCGAGCUGCCUCUAUAUGUUAAGAGCUGACAGGAAACCCCCGCUAGCACACUUCCAUAACCAAUGGGAUCCCUAAAUUAUCUGUCCAACACAGCGGUACUCUACACUGCACAUAAAGAGUCAAUGUCAGCCCAUUGGAAGUCCAUUUAUCAAAUGCAGUGGGCGUAGGGUGUUGUUAGUUUG